AUGGGCUCCCCCCUCAUCGUAGAACUAGCUGAAAUACGUCUCGCAGAAAUAGAAUCCUUAGCCCUCUCCUCAUGUCCCGACGCUCCUCAUACCUACGCCCACUUCGUUGACGAUGGCCCCGGAUCCUUCAGAGACAAACAGCACGCAGAAUCCUUCCUCACUUUCCUCAACUCGCUCACCGAAGACCUCAAAUUCACUCAAGAACACCCUUCAUCUGACGGAACCAUACCUUUCCUCGACGUCCUCAUCCACCCUGACAAGUCCACCUCAGUCUACAGAAAACCCACCCACACCAACCUCUACACCAAGUAUUCAUCCUGCACCACAAACUCCUCCAAGAACGCCGUCAUCCGAUCCCUCACCAGAAGAGCUUACAACAUCUGUUCACCUCGACACCUCGAAGACGAACUAAAGACUACCAGAGAUCACGCAAUCAGCGUUUCCCUUCCUUUCCAUCCCUCACUCUCCAAACCCAUCUCCAAGAUACUCGGACAACACGACAUCAAAGUGACCCACUCAUCAGCCACUACUCUCCGCAACCUUCUCACCAAGACGAAGACCACACCCCCCACUCAACUCACCCCCAACACCAUCUACGAGAUAUCCUGCUCACAAUGUCCCUCCAAGUACACUGGACAGACCUACAGACCCCUCAUCCAACGAAUAAAAGAACACGAAAGAUACUACAGACUCAACAAUGCCUUCGACGAAACCACAGACAGGAUCAAAUCCGCCCCCGCCCAUCAUGCCCUAACCACUAGACAUUCCAUCUCCUGGAACAACAUAGAAGUCCUUAAAUCACUCACCACACGAUCUCAACUUGACCUGACAGAACAUGCUGCUAUCCAGAUAAGACAACCCUCCAUGAACCGUACUGAUCGUGCCCCUAAAUGUAGCUCACUAUGGGACCCCAUCCUUCCCAAGAUCGCUUCAUCCCUCAAGACCAGGUCAUCUGACAUUUCCUUUUCAUCUAUCUCACAAGCCUAG